CAGGAGCUUCUGCAAGUGGGUCGUCUUGGUGGGCCCCACUCCAAGUUGGUCCUUUGUGCUGUGGGGUGUGUGUUUUUUGUUACCUCCUGUUCCUGCAAGCCUCUCUCCCCACACUUUUCUCCACACUCAAAAGCAAAAGAAGAAAAAAAAAAAAAAGGAAAAAAAAAAUAAAAUCAAAACCCCCCAAAAACAGAACAGAAAAGUGGAGAAAAAAGAGCCUUCAAUCGAUUCCUUUCCAGCAUGCAAUCCCACUCAUUCCAGAAAUUCCCAAAAGGGUUUUCUUCUUUGAGGUAAUUGGACCAUACCAGUAUAGAUUUUUCCCAUUUGUCCAUCCGUAUCUUCUCCAAAUCUCAGGUCAUGGGUCUGACUUUUCAUUUCAUAAAAUGGUUUGUUUGGCCUUCUCCCAAAUGGGUUUCCUCCAAUUGUGUAUUUUUCUAUGAUUUUUGUUAAAAAGGGGCUUCCUUGUGAAGUAUUGGAUUUUCUUUCUUUCUUUCUUUUUUGUAAAUGAUUGAUGAGGUUUCAAGUUGGAGGUCUGUUUGGCUUUCCUCCAAAUGGGUUUUUCUCCAAUUGGGUUUUUCUGUGAUUUCUGUCAAAAAGGGGCCUACUUGGGUGGUCUUGGAUUUUCUCUGUAAAUGAUUGAUGAGAUUUCAAGAUUUCUGAAAAAUAAUGAAGAAAGUUGUGAAGAGGUCAGUUCCUUGACAUCAAAGGAUGGAAGGGUUCAUGAACAAGUUGGUUCUUUAACUCCGGGAAUACGUAAUCAAAGGCAUGAUGAGGAACAUCCUCAAGAAGCUCCACAUCAUGCCGGCCCAAUCAGAAGAGGGGCCAUCGUCCUCGAGCGGGAAGGUAUCGCCCUCCCGAUUGUCGCUGUCACCGCCCCAUCGCCAUCACUUGGAGCAGAAGCCACUAUCUGGGCUCUCAGGGUGGUUGAAUUCAGUCACGGGUAGGCAUAGCUCGAGCCCUCCAUUGUCCUCGGGGAGAGGAGAUAGGAAUGAUCCGAUGGACAGCCCUGGGAGUGGGAGCUUGGGUGGUUUGGAUGUUGCGUUGUUGGAUGUGGCAAGGCAGGACGCAGAUGAGAGCGCCGUGAGGAACCCGGAGAUGGAGGAGGAGUACCAGAUACAGCUGGCGUUGGAGCUGAGCGUGAAGGAGGAUCCGGAGGCUGUGCAGAUCGAGGCGGUGAAGCAGAUUAGCCUGGGGUCUUGCCCUCCCCAAAACACGCCAGGGGAAGUCCUUGCUUAUAGAUACUGGAACUACAAUGCUCUUGGCUAUGAUGACAAGAUCUUGGAUGGUUUCUAUGACCUGUAUGGCAUUUUGGCCGACUCGACUUCAGAGAUGCCUUCCCUCAUUGAUCUGCAACAGAUACCAGUGUCCGACAGUAUCAGCUGGGAAGCUGUACUGGUCAACAGGGUUGCUGAUGGAGACCUAUCGAAACUGGAACAGAGGGCCUUGGUGAUGGCUGUCGAGUCAAGGUCGGGAUCUACAGGUUUUAAAGGUAAUGAUUUGGUGCAAAAACUUGCUGCUUUGGUUGCUGACUACAUGGGUGGACCAGUUGGGGAUCCUGAAAAAAUGUUGAAAGCAUGGAGGAAUCUAAGUAAUCAUUUACGAGCAUCAGUUGGGAACAUGGUGUUGCCUCUUGGCCAAUUGAAGAUUGGUUUGGCUCGUCAUCGUGCAUUGUUGUUCAAGGUUUUGGCUGAUAGCGUAGGUGUUCCAUGUCAGUUAGUUAAAGGGCAUCAAUAUACAGGUUCAGAUGAUGUGGCCGUGAAUAUUAUCAAGAUCAAUGAUGAUGGAAGGGAUAGGGAGUACAUUGUUGAUCUGAUGGCGGCCCCUGGCACUCUCAUCCCAUCUGAUGCAGCGGGACCACAGAUGGAAUAUGAAGAUCCACUCUUUGAAGUUAGUCCUGUUUGUAGAGAUGUUGAUAGCUCCCAUAUAGCCUCCUCUAGCACUAGCAAUGGUGUUUCAAGUUCGAUCGGUGACUCUCCAGAGUUUGCCCCACUGGACAAAAAAUCCAGGUCUAAGAAUCUUGCAACUAUUGAAAGCAGUUUGGACAAUAGAUGUAGUUCAGACGAGUUCAGUGGUCAAGAGAAUCUAAGACCAAGGUCUUCACGCAAGGAAUCUUCUUCCAGAGGCCUUUACAGCGAUUCACCCAAUGAGAAGUCACAGGUCCACGAAACUACCAGCAGGCCAAGUCCGUACAUGCAUGCAAGAUUUCCUUCUUGGACUGAAGGUGUUAGUUCCCCUGCCGCACAUAGGAUGAAAGUAAAGGACGUCUCACAGUACAUGAUUGAUGCUGCAAAAGAAAACCCACAAUUAGCUCAGAAGCUUCAUGAUGUGUUGCUUGAAAGUGGUGUCGUCGCACCCCCGAACUUGUUCACUGAAAUUUAUGCUCCAGCAGCAGAGGACAAGAAUCAGACUGGAGAUGCAAACGAAAAGAAGCUGAGGAAGAAUGGGACCCGCCAUAAAGCUCGAGCUGAUGUGGGUCCUGCUCGAUACCUGCCGCCUCUGCCUCACCAUGGCAUACAAUCAAAAGUUAAUCCUUACCGGAUGCAAAUGGAACAGCUGGAAGGUUCUCCUACUUCAUCUCAGUCUGAAGCAUCUGCUACUCUGACACAGGAGACAUCUUCCCCUGUGAAGUUUGUAAAGCAUGUGCCGGUUGCUGCCGCUGCCGCUACAGCAGCCGUGGUCGCGUCUUCGAUGUUAGUUGCCGCAGCUAAAUCAAGUGCUGACUCAAACCUUGAAGUUCCGGUAGCGGCUGCUGCCACCGCUACUGCUGCUGCAGUAGUGGCAACAACUGCAGCUGUCACCAGGCAAUACGAGCAGCUAGAGUCUUGUGCCCAUUUGCCGAGUGCGGAUGCAUUUGUCAAUCAAAUAAAUUAUAGGCAGAAAGAUGGUGAAGGAGAUGAUAUAGGGAAUGAGCCUCGAGGAAGCGAUCAUAGGCAAGCUGGUGGGGAUAAGCAAGAGCCGGAUGCCAGUGGCACUCAUCCAGAAGGGGAGAGAAUUUCAGACAAAUCGACUGGAAAUGAUAGUGCAAGAUCUGAAGCUGCACUUGACGAAGUUGCAGAAUGGGAAGUAUCGUGGGAGGAAAUCACCUUGGGUGAGCGUAUCGGACUGGGAUCAUAUGGCGAGGUAUAUCGUGGUGACUGGAAUGGAACGGAAGUUGCUGUUAAGAAGUUCUUGGACCAAGAUAUUUCUGGCGAUGCACUUGCAGAAUUUAUAAGCGAGGUCCAGAUCAUGAAAAGACUACGGCAUCCUAAUGUUGUUCUUUUCAUGGGUGCUGUAACUCGUGCCCCACAUCUUUCGAUUGUUACAGAAUUUCUCCCUAGAGGUAGUUUGUAUAGGAUAAUUCACCGGCCCAACAAUCAGUUAGAUGAAAGGAGGCGUUUGAAGAUGUCUCUUGAUGUUGCGCGAGGAAUGAAUUAUUUGCAUAACUUCAAGCCUGUAAUAGUACAUCGCGAUUUGAAGUCUCCAAAUCUUCUUGUUGAUAAGAAUUGGAAUGUGAAGGUCUGCGAUUUUGGGUUAUCUCGAAUGAAGCACAAUACAUUUCUCUCUUCAAGGUCAACUGCGGGCACGGCUGAGUGGAUGGCUCCUGAAGUGCUUCGAAAUGAACCUUCAAAUGAGAAGUGUGAUGUGUAUAGCUUUGGUGUCAUAUUAUGGGAGCUUACUACCUUACAGCAACCGUGGGGAGGAAUGAACCCCAUGCAGGUUGUUGGGGCUGUUGGGUUUCAGCAUCGCCGCCUUGACAUUCCAGAUGACAUGGAUCCCGUCAUUGCCGAUAUCAUCAGCAAGUGUUGGCAAACAGAUCCCAAGCUUCGUCCUUCGUUUUCCGAAAUCAUGGCAGCCUUAAAGCCGUUGCAGAGACCUGUGACUGCCCAGGUGCCUAGACCAAGGGUACCUCCAAGUGGAGAUAAAGGGCCGCCACGGGGCAUGCAAGAGCCAACAACCCAAGGACAAGAUAGAGACCAAACUGCAGCCGAAGUAGACAAAUCAUGACGGGUUGAGUUGAUUUGCCCUGGUGGUGGAUGUUGAUA